UUCUCAGAAAUAGCACAACAUGGAAGAACAAAGACAAACAGUUUGCUUUAUUGAUACAAAUGUUGCUUACGGUAUCCUCAUCACAGUCUAUACAGUGGUUUUAAUUGGUGGAUUUACUGGGACAGUCCUAAUGUUCAUCUUUUUGUGCAGAACAAACACUCGUUCUUUAACUACCACAGCUGUUAUGAACCUACUAAUCAUCCACAGCAUCUUCAUUGUAAGCGUUCCUUUCCGCAUUGCUUAUUACAUUCAAAACAGGUGGAUAUUUGGAUUCGUAUUUUGCAAGCUUGUAAGUGCCAUGAUACACAUCCACAUGUAUCUUUCUUUUAUAUUUUACACAGUGAUUCUGGUUAUAAGGUACUUGUGUUUUUUCAGAGACAAGGACAAAAUUGAGUUUUAUCGAAAACUCCACGCCGUUGUUGCUAGUGCUACAGUUUGGGCAGUGACAUUGAUAAUUAUUCUGCCUGUCAUUAUUACACAAUAUGGAAAUAAUGCCACAAAUACCAAUGAAAGCUGCUUUAUGUUCCAAAACGAAUUGAAAAAGAACCCUGUAAUGGUAUUAAACUACCUAUUUGUUGCCGUGGUAAUGGCAGUGGUUUGUGGACUACUUUUAGUACAGAUUAUCAUCCUAGUGAAGUUGGUGAAAAACUUACAAGGACCCAUACUUUCUCAUCAAGAGAUCAGGGCUCAACUUAAAAGUUUAUUCUUUAUCUUUAUAAUGAUUGUUUGUUUUUUUCCUUAUCACAUGCUGCGGAUAUACUAUGUACAUCACCCAGAUGAAUGUUUUUAUUUCAAUGAGAUAUGCUUAAGUAUAACGGCACUCAGCUGCUUGGAUCUAUUAGCAUUUGCACUGAAAAUCUGCAGCCAAAAACUGUGCUCGAAUUUUGGAUGUACAAUUAAUUGUUUCCACAGAUAAAAAUUGGAUGUAAAUUAUUAAAGAGACAGUAAUGGAUAAUGUUUUAAGACUGUAAAUGUAUACAGUGUAUAUUAAUUAAAAGUUUGUUUCCUAGUA